AUGGAGAAGAUAUUUGAAGAAGCAGAACUAUGCGGUGCUCUCAAUCUGGCUGGCCGAAAAAUGAAAGAAUAUCCUCAUGAAUUGUCCAACAAAUACGAUCUCUCUGACCUCAUAUCAUUAGAUCUCAGUGGCAAUCGGUUAAGCGACAUUCCAACAUGUGUUUGCGAAUGGCGCUCCUUGGAAUCUUUACGUCUUCGUGAUAACGCACUGCGAAGCGUUCCGCGUAAUAUUCUUUUCCUGCGUUCGCUCACUGUGCUGGAUCUGAGGUAUGUAGCUUUCAACUAUGGUACGGAUAUGUAUUGCAACGCUACUGAUCUGAGCAACAAUAAAAUUGUCCAACUACCGCUGAGCUUAUUUGAACUGCCCUUAGAGAUUGUUCUACUGACUGGCAACCGCCUAGAUUCUAUUCCUCGUGAAAUUCGGCAACUUUCUUCGACCCUUGCGGAGCUGGAUGUGAGUUGCAACUCUUUGAAAACCAUUCCUUCUGAUAUGGCGUUGCUGAAAAUGUUACGUGUGUUGAAUUUGCGUCAAAACUUGCUCGAAUGCUUUCCUUCAGGUUUGCACGAUUCUAUAUACUUCAAGCUAAGCAGAUACUGA